AUGCCGGGCGGCGGGCGGGUGUGCGCCGCGUGCGGCGGCUCCGAAAUCGAAGUGGACUCGGCCCGGGGCGACGCCGUGUGCACGGGCUGCGGCUCGGUGCUGGAGGACAACAUCAUCGUCUCCGAGGUGCAGUUCGUGGAGAACAGCGGCGGAGGCUCCUCGGCCGUCGGCCAGUUCGUCUCCCUCGACGCGGCAGGAAAAACACAAACGGUUGGAGGAUUUCAUGUCAAUUUGGGAAAGGAAUCGCGGGCACAGACUCUGCAAAAUGGAAAACGUCAGAUUCAUCAUUUGGGAAACCAGCUGCAACUUAAUCAGCAUUGCCUUGAUACUGCCUUCAACUUUUUCAAGAUGGCAGUGAGCAAGCACUUAACACGUGGGAGGAAGAUGACCCAUGUGAUCGCUGCAUGCCUCUACUUGGUGUGUAGGACAGAAGGCACUCCACACAUGCUGCUUGACCUCAGCGACCUCCUUCAGGUGAACGUCUACGUGCUGGGAAAAACUUUCCUUCUGUUGGCCAGAGAGCUCUGCAUAAAUGCUCCAGCUAUAGAUCCGUGUUUAUACAUCCCUCGUUUUGCUCACAUGCUGGAGUUUGGCGAUAAGAACCAUGAAGUCUCUAUGACGGCUUUAAGGCUUUUGCAGCAGAUGAAGAGAGACUGGAUGCACACCGGACGGCGGCCCUCCGGGCUUUGUGGCGCAGCUCUUCUUGUUGCGGCAAGAAUGCAUGAUUUUCGGCGCACUGUGAAAGAAGUCAUCAGGGUGGUUAAAGUUGGUGAAUCUACGUUAAGGAAAAGACUCACAGAGUUCGAAGAUACACCUGCAAGUCAGCUGACAAUAGAUGAGUUCAUGACAAUUGAUUUGGAAGAGGAAUGUGACCCUCCAUCAUUUACAGCUGGUCAAAGGAAGAUAAAGAUUCAGCAGCUUGAGAAGGAACUGUCAAAAAAGCUUGAAGAGUUAGAAGGUGAAAUAUCAAGCUACCAAGAUGAAAUAGAGAUUGAGUUAGAAAAUAGCAGGCCAAAAGCAAAAGGAGUUUAUGCAAAUUACAGUAAAGAUGAUUGCAUGGAAGACACUACCUCAAUUAUAUUUGGAGAUGACGAGGGAGAAGAUGAAGAACUGGAAGCAGCUGCCAACCAUUUAAACAAGGACUUUUACAGUGAACUUCUUGAUAAAGAUAACGUAAAAGAAAAAGAAGCUUCUGUAAGGCCACCUGCCCUGGAAUCACUUCUUGGCCCUCUCCCUACUGCGGCCAGCCUUGGGAUAACAGAAUCCAUAAAAGAGUGUAUAUUGACGAAGGAUCGAGAACACAAUGAAAAUACUGGAGAUGGUGAAUUAGAUCUAAGUGGAAUUGACGACAGCGAAAUAGAUAUGUAUAUACUCAAUGAGACAGAAGCCAAAAUAAAAGCAGAUCUAUGGAUGAAGGAAAAUGCGGAUUAUUUAAAGGAACAGAAAGAAAAAGAAGCAAGGAUAGCAAAAGAGAAAGAGCUCGGGAUUUAUAAAGAACAUAAGCCCAAGAAGUCAGCAAAGAAACGAGAGCUGAUCCAGGCCAGCACAGCAGGAGAGGCGAUUGAAAAGAUGUUGGAACAGAAGAAGAUCUCGAGUAAAAUUAAUUACAACGUGUUAAGGGACCUCAACAGCAAAGGAGGGAGCACACCAAAGAAAGACGACGACAGCCCCGAUGACAGCGGCAGCACCAAGAAGCUGUCAAGGAGAAAAUCUCUCGCAGCUCGGAAUGUGGCCAACUCCGUAAACAGUGUGGGAAAAAGGUUAAGGCCCUUGAUUUCGACGCAACUAGCAAAAAAGCCUGCAACAGAAGAGGCAGUCUUCCCAAAUACUCAGGCUGAAGUCCAAGAGGUUGAAAAGCCAGCAAAUGUGCUGGUAGAAACUGGGCCCGUAUCCUACAACCACGAGGAGGAUGUGGAAGAAGAAGAAGUCGAAGAGGAGGAGGACCACUGUGUGAGCGCCCUUCAGCUAAUGGGAGGAAAUGAUUAUGGUUGCGACGUGGAUGAUGACGAUGGGUAUUAAUCCCGUUUGCCUCCGAAUGAGGAUGGCGAGAGAAGCUGCCGGGCGAUGUAAACGAACCCUCCUCACUUCUAAAGAGACGUUCUUGCAGAAGUCCAACAAAAUCACGAUGGGUUUGGGUCCGUUUCCACUCACCUGUUGCCUGGCCACCAGGGCUUGGCCUUAGAAUACUUGAAAUGUUUCUGGAUCAUGUCACAGGAAAGGGAUUAACUGAAGAAAUGACUCCAGAAAAACAAAGAAGGGCCAAAAUGGUUGCCCAACACAGUCUCCGGUAUUGGACCCUGUCUGGUUGCCGACCUCGAUUCAGUCCCGUUGCUGUAAAGAUGCAUAUGAAGAAGAGAAGCAAGCCCGCACAGUGGGAAAGCUUUGAACUUGCUUAGUUUACACUGGGGGUGCUAAAGCACAUUCACCAGUCGCAGAAGCCUGCCUGAGGCCUCCCAUGUUUCCAUGCAGGAAAAAAAAAAAGACAAAUAAAUCGCAUCUUGGUGAUAUGCAGAAUGCUUCGGCAGCUCCCGUUGGAAAGCAGUCCUAGACACGCGCUUUUUCAUUCUGCAAGAUUACCCUAAGAUUAGACCAAUCUUCGGCAGGAGUCUCCAUCCUUUUAUUAAAAACAAACAAACACACAAUCUGAAUAAAUAGCAGGAGCACUGCUUCUUUUUAAAGUUUGGUUGCUGUGAUAGAAUGGAGACUUCGUGGGUGCCGGUACCACGCUGGGCAUCUUAGAGAGGACAGUCAUUAUUCUUGUACCAAGAAAAUCAAGCCAGGCCUUCCCUUCACUCCUUGCUGCUAUUAGAUAGAGUCAAGGUAAGCGAAAUUGGCCAGGAGAGAGUUUAGGGCAUAACCUGGACACCCCCCCCCCGCUCCUGACCGUGUACCAUCUCACAAACCUCUGUACCCCCAUCACUUAUAUUUAAAAAAUAAGGUGUUGAUUACCAGUGGGGGGCAGCGUAUUCGGGUGUUUUGGGGUGGGGUGGGGUGGCUCAAGGCAAUUUUGGUCAACUGGGCACAAUGGACAGAUUUGUUGUCCAGUCAGAUGUUUUGGGUUGUUUUUAUUUUAAAGCAAAUAAGCUACUUCCCCCCACCCCUUUUGUAUGUAAUUUAAUUUAAUACUAUUUACUGAGAUUGGUAUGGGUGGAUUAAGGGCUCAGCCAUGCCAGAUCAAGCUCUACUAUCUCUGUUUUGUCCAGUAAAGCUCUAUUGCGGUAACGGGCAGAGCACGCGACCUCGAGAAACGAAGUUCAAAACAGACCAACCGUUUCCCGU